AUGUCCAACAACGAGGAAGGCUUAUUUGACGUUGUGAUACUUGGAACAGGCUUGACCGAGUCGAUAAUUGCUGCAGCUUUGUCCAAAGCAAACUACAAGGUUGCUCAUAUCGACAAGAAUCAGUACUAUGGGGACAAUGAGGCUACAUUAUCUCAGGAUGAGUUGCUCAGCUGGGGUGAAGCCGUUAACCAAGGAAGACAUCCCAAGUUCAGUGGAUUCACUGGGACAUCGGUCACCCUCCCCUAUUCUCGCCAGUAUUCCAUCUGCCUCCGACCAGCUAUUCUCCCGGCCCUUGGCCCAUUAAUCUCCAGUCUGAUUGGGUCUGGCGUCGCCAAGUACAGUGGAUUCAGGUUACUCGACUCUGUGAGCAUCUACUCCCCCGACGGCACCGUCAAGAGCGUACCAGGCAGCAAAGAGGAUAUCUUCAACAACAAGGACAUUUCCCUGAUUGAGAAGAGGAGACUCAUGCGAUUCCUAACAUUUGCUGCAGGCGAAUUUGAAGAGAAACCAGAGCUCCAAGACAAAGAGGAAGCGCCCUUCAUCGACUUCCUAAAGUCGACAUUUACGCUUUCGGAUAGCAUUGCAUCUGUUAUCGCAUAUUCUUUGGCACAUUGCUCCACACCCAAAGAGCCCACCUUGCAGUCCCUCCUGCGCCUUCGAAGUUACCUCAGAUCCAUUGGCCGUUAUGGCCCAUCGCCUUUUUUGAUCGGACACUACGGAGGCAUAGGAGAUAUCUCCCAAGGGUUCUGUCGCGCCGCAGCAGUUAGCGGGGGUGUAUAUGUCCUAGGAAGGCCCGUCCUUGCCUCCAACUUCACUACUUCUACGGAUAAAUAUCCCAUCACCUUCACGCUGGACGACUUUCCCGAACCCCUUCACUGCAAACUAGUGGUCUCGCUUGAUGAAAACUCGCCUCCUGGCUUGGAAGUUCCGGUUCUGCGAGUCAAGAGUUCAAAUCAGCCGCCUUCGCCCAUCGUUCAAGUGGCACGGGGCAUCGUCAUCAUUGACAAACCAUUGAGGUUCCGACACCUACAAACCGAAUUGUCCCCUUUUUCCGCCGAAGGAGAAGCUGCUACACCCUCGCAAGAUUCUCCUCCGACUUCCAUACCUCCUGUCGAUGCUGCGCUUCUCGUGUUUCCUCCGACUUCCAUACCCGGAGGCUCUACUACCCACACUGCUAUUGCUCAUAUCACAGGAGAGGCCAGUCUUUCUACCCCCAAGGGAAAGUGGAUCGUUUACUUCCUUCUUCCACUCGACAGCCUGACAUCCGACUCUGCUGAAUCCCAUAUUCGACCCUACGUGGACGCACUCCUUUCUCUCCCUUCAAACAGACACGAUGCUGCAAUUGAACCAUUGUCGUACGCUUUCUUUUUCGAGAACGUCGAACACCACAGACCUUCCAAGGAAUCGGAAGCGUCCCAAACUGAGUUAGCCCGACAUCUCAUUGUUCCGCCCCUUAACUACUCGACCUUUCCGGACUUUCCUGAUAAUGCAACCCGCGAUGCGGAGGCCGUAUUCAGAACGGCCAUGCGCAGCUUACGUUCACUCGAGGACAACGGCGAGGUCACAGAAGAUAUCGAGUUCUGGCCUCCGAUAGAACCAAACGACGAGGAUAGCGAUGAUGACAGUUGAAUUAUGGCACAGAAGGGUGUAAUGUGGUAUUAUAAUGUACAGUACGAUGGUUAUGUAAACUUCGUCUCAAUUGCCAGUU